AUGAGAGCCUGCGGCCGGGUCACGUCCUCUGAACUUCUCCAAUAUGACGAACGGCAUCCGAUAAUCCUUCCAUACGACUGCCAUUUGUCUCGACUCCUUGUUCAAUUUACGCAUCGCAUCACGCUGCACGAUGGCAAUCAGCUGAUGAUCCGCCUGAUUCGCGACAAAUUCUGGAUCCCAAGGGUGAGGAAUUUGGUCAAGUCCGUCGUCUAUGCUUGUAAAGUAUGUGUCAACCACAAGAAGAAGUUGCAGACGCAACUCAUGGGAGAGCUACCGAAGGAACGGACGUCCUUCUCGCGCCCAUUCACGUACACAGGUGUGGAUUAUCCCGGUCCUUUCGAGAUAAAGAACUAUACGGGGCGAGCCUGCCUCAUCACAAAGGGGUACGUGUUGCUGUUUGUGUGCUUAUCCACUAAGGCCAUCCAUUUAGAGCCUACGUCGGACCUUACGACGGAGAAAUUUCUGGCUGCUUUCGCUCGGUUCGUGUCCCGGAGAGGAUGCCCCCGUCAAGUGCAGUCGGACAACGGGAAGACCUUUGUGGGGGCAGCUGCCCUACUAUCUCGCGAUUUUCUCCAGAGCCUAAAAGGGGCUGUGAAAGGUGCCUACAGUCACCAGCAGCUUAUCUGGCAUUUCAUUCCUCCGGGAGCCCCCCACAUGGAGGGCCUGUGGGAGGCAGGCGUCAAGAGCUUCAAGACCUUGUUCAACAAGUCCACCGCCACCCGGAAAUACACCUUUGAGGAGUUGGCUACUCUCCUGGCGAGGAUCGAGGCGUGCCUAAAUUCGCGGCCGCUCGCGCCAAUGUCCGAAGACCCUGCUGAUCUGAUGGCUCUUACACCCGGGCACUUCCUGGUGGGAGGUCCUCUUCUCGUCACGGUCGAACCCGAGCUAAAGGGGGAUGCUACGUAA